GGUUGCAGCUUGACGUCCAGGCAUAUACAUAUAUAAAUGUAUGAGCUCUCUUACAGUCACAGAAGCAGUGCGACACAACCAGAAAUAGACUGUAAAAAUAAAUAAAUGUAAAAAAAAUAAAAAUAAAAAAACGCUCUUGUUAAAAACACUUUCGUUAUGGACAACAUAGUAAUGUUUUUGAUAAUUUUUCACUCAUGGCUAAGGCUAAGCAAGGCGCAUCAAGAAACACAUUACCUUCACUACUUGAUUACAGCCAAGACCAAAACAGACCCAUUUACAGUAUUCAGUGGCGUGUGUGAGUCCGAUGACAAACAAAUCGCUUACUACAGUAAUGAAAAAGGAGUCUGGGUAAGAAGGAAUCUGACUGACUGGGCCAAAGCUCCAGAACCACCUGAAACUAGAGAAGAGUUCAUAAAUCUGCUGUACAAUCUGUCAAAGUGCACACCAUCUCCGGAGUGUCCUGAGCUUCAUGUUCUUCAGAAAAAAAUUGGCUGUGAACUGGAGAAACUUAAUGGAACAGUGAAGAGUUUUAAUGUCUUUAAUGAAAAAAGAUUUGAUGGAGAGGAUUUUAUAUCCUUUAAUAAUCACACUAUGCAGUGGAUUGAUAAAAACUCCAAAGCCAAAGAAACUAAAGAGGAAUGGGAUCAUCAAACAGAACGAAACCAGUACAUCAAAGAUUUCUUCAAGAACUGCUUUAACUGGAUCUCAACGUUUAAUAACACAAUUAAGAGUUCUCCACAUGUUCACAUCUUUGCGAGGAAAGCUCCUGAUGAUCACAGUAAUCUGGUUCUGACGUGUCUGGCCACUGGUUUCUACCCCAGAGAUGUUCAGAUGAACAUUAGAUUGAACAGAAACAUCCUUGAUAAUCAAACAUCUUCUGGAAUCAGACCAAAUGAUGAUGAAACCUUUCAGAUGAGAAUCAGUGUGAAGAUCAACAGAAACCAUGAAGGAUCUUAUGAUUGUCUGCUCAUUCACAGCAGUCUGACUGAACCAGUGUCAGUAAAAUGGGGUAAAUAUCACUAUAAAUUCAGCCACUCACAAUGUUGUAGCAAGAGAAUGUCCCGGGUUACUUCACUGUAACCCUGUUCCCUGAAAAGGCGGGAACGAGAAGCUGCGCUUUAUUCAGCGCUAUGGGAACAUCUUUUAGUCGUGACCAGCUGUGAAUAUGUGUGUAAAACAACGUCAAUGAAAUUUACCUAUAUUUAUAGCCUUGCGUGACGUCAUAGGAAUGCGUCGUAGCGAGUCUCAGACACUAGCUUGCGAUGUCGACUCAAGGACAUGAGAGCCCGGAGUAACAUGAACAUCCAAACUAUAAAACCUUAUGAAUGUGUGCGGAGAGGACCAACCUGCCGCAUCACAAACAUUUUGUAAGGGGGCGCCCCCGCCAAAGCUCUAGAAGAGGCAACUCCCCUGGUGGAAUGAGCCCUGAUGCCUGUUGGCGAAGUAUGACCACGCGCCUCAUAAGCAAGGGCAAUAGCAUCUCUCACCCAAAGUGACAUGGUCUGUUUCAUGGCGGCUGCUCCCCUGUUAUGGCCGCCAUGACAAACAAACAGUUGCUCUGACUUGCGCCACUGGCUGCUGCGGUGGACAUAAGUCUGAAGAGCACGGACUGGACACACUCUGUGAAGUCUCUCCUGAUCUGGCGUUGUGAACGGCGGAGGGCAGAAGGCUUCAAGAGUGACCAGAUGCAAGUUCGAGAAAGGAACCUUAGGCAGAUAGUCAGGAUGAGGAUGCAAAAUAGCUUUCACCAUUCCUGGGGCAAAGUCUAAGCAGGAUGGCACAAUGGACAGAGCCUGCAAAUCCCCAAUUCUUUUGAGAGAAGUUAUAGGUACAAGUACAGGCCCUCCAGGACUAUUGCUAGGUCCCAUGAAGGGAUCCUGGUUCUAGAAGGAGGCUUAAGCCUCCUAGCUCCUCGAAUGAAGCGAGAGAGCAGGACAUGCUUGCCCAAAAGGCACCCCGUCAAUCAAAGCGUGGCAAGCCGAGAGAGCAGCUACAUAAACCCUGAGAGUGGCGGGGCAUGUACCUGUCGAUAAUUUUCCCUGCAGGAAGUCCAGAACUGUAGCAGUUUGGCAGUUUACUGGAUCUGCAUUGUGUGCAGUACACCAUCUUUCAAAGACACCCCAUUUGUUGGUAUAACUUGCUCUAGUAGAGGGAGCUCUAGCAUUUAAAAUAGUCUCGAUAACUUCAGGUGAAAGCCCUGUGUCCCUCAGUUUGUUCCCCUCAGGGGCCAAACAUGAAGAUUCCACAUCUCUGGCCGGGGAUGAAAUAUUGUUCCCUGCGCCUGAGACAGAAGGUCCCUCCUGCUCGGUAAUCACCCAAGGCGAGCUGUCGAGGAGAUAUAUUAUCUCUGAGAACCAUAUUCCAUUCAGCCAACGCGGCGCUAUCAGAAAGAGGCAAGUCACUUGUUGGCGAAAUUGGCUAGAACUCCUGGGAGCACAGAAACCGGAGUAAACGCAUACAGGCACAUUCUGGGCCACAUAUGCUCAUCACAUCCAGACCCAGGGGAAGCUGGGUGACUCCAAAAGAAAUAGAGUGGACAUUGAGCUGCCUGUUGGGGCGAAGAGGUCCAUCUGUUUCAUAAAAUCUUUACCAGAUUUGACUACCUCGGGUGGAUUUCCUACUCCCCCCGUCGGUAUGCUCUGUCUGGACAGAUAUCUGGGGAUAUAAAUCACCAUGAGGGACAGGAACUUGUCCUGAGCCCAGAGCAGAACGCGCUGCAGUAGCCUGUCUAGACGUUGCAACGCAGGCCACCCUGGCGAUUCAUAUUAGAGGCUACCGCAGUAAUGUCCACCCGCACUAGGACAUG